GUUGGAGACCUGCAUUUCGUUUUUACAAUAAGUGGCUGAGUCUGGGAGGAGCCGUACUGUGUAUUGUGGUCAUGUUCAUCAUUAACUGGAUCACAGCACUGGUGACUUUCGGUUGUGUGGGCAGUCUCUUCAUGUACGUCCGCCACUGGAAGCCAGAUGUGAACUGGGGAUCCUCAACUCAAGCCCAUGUGUACAGAAGUGUGCUGCAGUCGGCUCUCCGGCUAAUCCGCAUUGGAGAGCAUAUUAAAAACUUCAGACCACAGGUGCUAGUGCUGUCUGGAGAACCUGACACCCGUCCAGCCCUGGUAGACUUCUGUGCUCAUAUCACCAAGAAGAUGGGACUGAUGGUGUGUGGCAAUGUCAUUAUUGGACAACAGCAUGAACACCUACGCAAGUUGAGGUCAGAUGCAGCCUAUGCUUAUUUUCGCCAUCGACACAUCAAAUCUUUCUAUUCUGCUACAACAGCUGCAACUUUCCAACUUGGAGCUCAGGCCCUUAUGCAAAAUGUUGGAGUUGGCAAGUUCCGUCCAAAUCUUCUCAUUCUUGGUUUCAAGACUAAUUGGCAAACAGACAACCCUGAAAAUGUGCAGCAAUAUCUGGGGAUCAUUCAUGAUGCAUUUGAUCUGAAGUUUGGUGUGGGAAUCCUUCGUGUACAGGAAGGCUUUGAUGCUGUAACAAGCACCACCAUAUUUGACACCAGACAGGAUGAAGAGCAAGACCAAAGUGAUGAUGAAAGUCCCCAUGGGACGCCUGUGACUCAGUCUGAACAUGCAGGGAUAGGAGGAGCUAAGGGAGAGGACAUGAAAGACAGAGAUCUAGAGAUGGGCAGGAACGGCGGAGGCAUGCUGAAAGAUUCUGCCAGCAAAGGCAUGCUGGAUGCAGAUGAAGACGAUGAAGAGGAAGGACAGGGAGAUAUUGUCGACAUUUUAAGUCCUAAAAUUUUGAGCAAGUUCAACACUCAGAUGCUUAGAAGUGUGAACAAAUUCCGCAACAAAGAGAAAGGAACUAUAGAUGUUUGGUGGCUCUUUGAUGAUGGAGGUCUGACUUUAUUGCUGCCCUACAUUCUCACCACAAAAGCCUACUGGAGAGGCUGCAGAUUGCGAGUGUUUGCUGCAGGUACCAAGAGUGGGGAUCUUGGCUAUGAGCAGAGACAGUUAGCAACGCUACUGGCCAAGUUCCGAAUUGACUGUAAAGACAUGAUGGUUCUGCCAGAGAUUAACAAGAAGCCCAGUGAAGAAAGUGUCAAGGCAUUCAAUGCCAAUGUUGCACCAUGGAAAUUGGAUACAGAGAACGGAGAGACUAAGAAACAGUUUCCUUGGAAAACAACAGAAGAUGAAUUGGAACUUCUCAAAGAAAAGACUCAGAGACAUAUCAGGCUUAGAGAACUUCUUCUAGAGAGAUCAAGGGAUGCCUCCCUUAUUGUCAUGACACUACCUAUGCCUCGAAAAGCCACCUGCUCUGCUGGUCUGUACAUGUGCUGGAUUGAUACGCUAACCCGAGACAUGCCGCCUUUCCUGCUGGUCCGAGGCAACCAGGAGAGUGUGCUGACUUUCUACUCCUAA